AUGAGCUGCAUGAACAACUUCCAGAGGGUCCUGUACGCCUCGCGCUUCAUGCGGGUGUUCGGGAAAUUCAAGCGGGCGCAGCUGAGAGAAAAGCCGCAGAGGAAAAUAGGGCCCUUCAGCAACCCAGUGAAAAGGCUAGCCAGGCUAAAGGAGAAGGAGCGGCUGUUUUGCGACUUGGGGACGCCCCGUAUUAUUCCAAGGGCUAAGGGAAGCGGAAGGGAAAAAAUCCUGGAAGUUAUCAAAGCACCCAAAGUGAGCAAAGAAGUCUUGGAGAGACGACUAGAAUUUUUACUCUCCAAUGAAAGUGUCUACCAGCAAAUGUACAACAAAAUGUAUAAUGGGAUUACUCCCUACCAGUGUGAGCUCUUCAUGUGGGAGAGACAAAUGAGAGAUUUGAGGAAAAUUUAUAGGGCACAGUAUUUGCACAAAUUAAGUGAAGUCACCAGGGAAGAACGGGAGAAGCAAAUGAAGUUAAUUUUACAAACGAGGGAAGAUAAAAGAAGGCGUAGAGAAUUAAUAAGGGAAAGAGUAUUGGAAGAUAAAAAAAGAAAGGCCAUCUUGAAGGACCGUUUAUCUUUGGAAAAAAAAGUCACACAAUCUAUUCUAUUUAAAAGGCAGUCCAAUAGAAAAAUGAAUAACAUUUAUUGGCUAGCCAAACUGCAAAGGAAGAGUGAAUACUCUGAUGCGGACGAUUUUAAGAACAAAAUGGAGAGAAGCGGGGUAGGCGACACAGGGGGGGGGAGUACCUCACGGAGAGAAUACAAUGCGGGGGAAAAACUCGAUGGAAGUUCUAUUCGAAUGGGCAGCGGAGAUGAAGACCCCCUGUUCAAUCGUAACAUCUCCACGAGCGCCUUGUACAAAGAGCUAGGAUAUGAAGUAAGAGACGAAAAAAGUGAUAAUGCAAAAAUGUUUAAAGUGGACAAGGUAUACAGAAAAUUACUAGAAGAGUCAUUCGAGUUUUUGGAUGAAGAUGAAGAUGAAGAGAAAUAUGGGCAGAUGAGCCACCUGGAAAAUGAGGAAAAUGUGAGUCAUAAGGAAAGAGCGCAUAUUUUAUACUCCUCCUUUAGCGACGAGGAAAAGGUCAAACUGCUGGACGAUAAAAUAGCAUUACUUACCAAAAAAAUUGAAGAAAAAUCGUACGCCAAAGGUCUCGACAACAACAACAUUAUGUUUUACAUUCAGCUGCGGGAUAAGUUGGAGGCGUCCAAGCAGGCCUUCCUGGAGACGACCUACUUGAAAAAGGUGACAAAAGGGGAUUAG